CAUACAUAAUUUGUGAUCGUAUUAUUUGGAUACGUGUGGAGGUUUUCGUUGUAUCCUUCACCUUCUAGAAGUUUUGGAACAUAGCAACUAUUUUUGAAAGACGCAAGUGACAUUAUUCCAUGUCGCGAUGUCAGACAAUUCUAAUACCAGUGCUGAUUUGAUCAAACCGAUGGCUAUAGUUGUCCCACCGGAUUCACCUAAGAAAUCAGUCAAGUCUACUGCAGUAGUGAAAUAUUCUGCCGUUCAAACGCCUGCCACUUUUGCUCAAUUGCAAUGUAAUACAAAUUUAAAUCUUCCACCGAGCAAUUGGCUUAGUAGUUCUGCUGAAAGUUAUGGUCUACAAAGUGUAUGGUCACAGAACACAGGAUUCUCAAGUUUUCGGAUGGCUCAUAUGUUUCCUGAUUGUGUUGGAGAAGUUGACGUUGUGUCAGAUGCAGAAAACAUAAAGAAAUUAUUGAAAUUACCUUAUAACCAUGGUGUUAUAUCGAUGAUGGUACACCGUAUAGAAAAUACUUUAUUGAUAGAUGAUUUUGAUAUACAUAAAUAUUUAUUACGCCAAGCGGAAAGUGAUUGGGAAUGGUUGAAGAAAUUCUUUUAUGAACACAUAUUUCAAAACUUAGGAGAUAAAGAAAAACGAUUGUUUCAUAAGGCAAACAGUAGAAAUAGUUUGCAACAAAGGAAUUUAGUAUCAAAAUUCCUUUAUCAUUCUAUAGUAUUAGCUGAUAGUAAAGAACAAAAUAUAAAGCCUCCUUUGCCCGUCAAACCAUUGGAACAAUGUUUACCUGAACCAACGCAAGAGGAAAAAGUACCAGAUCCAAACUAUAAUCAUAAUUUUGCACGUAACGUUGUAUGGACUUUUGAAAAUAUACAAAUGCUUAUUGGAACUGACAUGCCAAUAUUUGGCGGGCAAACUCAUCCCUGUAUUAGUUUACGGUUAAAAGAUAUGUCAAAACCUAUUAACGUAUUGACAGGAAUAGAUUAUUGGUUGGACAAUUUAAUGUGUAAUGUUCCUGAAGUAGUUAUGUGUUAUCAUUUACAUGGUAUAGUUCAAAAAUAUGAAUUGAUUAAAACAGAGGAUCUUCCUAAUUUGGAUGAUUCAAAAUUCAGUCCCAAACUUAUUAGAGAUGUAGCACAAAAUAUAUUAAGCUUCUUAAAAAACAAUGCGACAAAAGCUGGCCAUACUUAUUGGUUAUUUAAGGGUAAAGACGAUGAUGUUGUAAAAUUAUAUGAUUUAACAUCAUUAUGUAAUGAUGUUACCGAUGAAAAAGGACAAAAUCCAUUUACCGUGCCAGUGGCAAUGCUGUUAUAUAGAGUAGCUCGAAAUAUGAAAUAUUCUUCUGAUUAUCAUCGUCAUCAGGGUACUAUUCGAAUGCUAUUGAAAAACUGUGUACAACUUCUUGCAAAGGAGAAAUAUCCGCAAAUCGUUACGUCCGCUCAUUUUAUGCUUUCUGACUUAUAUGUACCUUCAAGUACGGAUCCCGUUAGUCCAGGACUUUCCGAUCAAAGUGACGAGGAAGAUACACAAAGUGAAUGCAGUACAAAUCAUGAAAAUGAAAAAGAAGAAGAUGAAGAAACUCCCAGUGCUUCUAUUAAAUCUUUAACAUUGGCAAAUAUCAAAGAACAAGUAGAACAAGAGGGACCUAAGUACAAACCACCACCUAUAACAGGUAGCGUAGAGGAAAGAUGUUUAACAGCAUUGGAGCAUGUAGCUCAUGGUCUUGAGUGUUUGAAAUAUUUCCCAAGUGAAGAAAAUUCAGACGAAGAACAAAAGAAAACAGAUGACAGUGAAAAUGAGAGAAAAAAAUAUGAAGAAGCUAAUCCAAACAUGGCAAAACCUUUUCAGGCAAUACCAAUGCCUUAUGCUUCUUUGAAUCAAGAAAAAGAUAGCGAAUCCGGAGAAACUUCGCAAAAUAAUAGUCCUAAUCAUAAAAGGAAAAAUAAGCAAAAGAAGAAAAAAUCGGAAAAGUUUAUUACAAAAGAAAAUACAUCUGUUAACAACAAAGAUAUGAAAUCUUGGUUAUGUAAAUCAAAAAAUGAAACGUUACCUAUUUGGCAGGCACCAAAAAAGAGUGACAAUGUCAGUUGGAAUGCACAUUUAAAAACUCUAUUGUACGAAAAGGCCUCAUUGAUAUUUGCUGUUUUGGCUGAAAACGAAUAUGCGAAUAAAAAUUAUGGUGCCUCUUUGAGAUACAUAUUGGCGGUAUUGAGAUGUCAAAAAAUAUUGGAGGUCUGUUGUGGCAUAAGAAAUGAAAAAUCUAUUAGUUGUUUGUUAGGACGUGCUGGGGAUUGUUGUUUCAUGACUGUACAAGAUUGGUGUAAUAUAGAGAAACAUAGAAAGAAUUAUGAAAUUAAAAAUAUAACGGAGGAGAAGAUAAUCGAAGAAAUAUAUUCAAUGGAAGAUUUGGAUACGUACGGUAUAGAAUUAUUGCCGCAACGUCUUGAAAGUUUGGAAUUCACAUUGGUCGCUUCUUACAAGUGUUAUGAAAAAGCUUUGUCUUAUGAACCAUUGGAAAUAGAAAAAAAUAAUUUAUUAAGAAGACUAGGAAAUAUUCAUAAUGAAUUAGGCGUUUUAUAUAUGAAUCAAGCAGGAACAAGAUACCAACAAGAAAGUACAACAAACGAAUCGGCCCAAUCGUCGACAGACGUUACUACAUUACUUAAUCGUUCCUUACAUCAUUUAGAAGCGGGUGUUAAAGCAUUUGAAACUGUCCAUGAUGAAGCAAAUUUGGCAUUACUACAUUCGAAUACCGGUAGACUAAUGAGAAUUUGUGCUCAUAUGCACGUUAAACAUAAUACACAGGAGCAAUAUUUUUACAAUAAAGCACUUGCGAAUUAUCAAAAGGCAUUGCAAGUUCUAGGUUCUAGAAAAUCUAAUCCGGCAAUAUGGGACACGAUAACGUGGGAUUUGUCUACGACACUUUUCACUAUGGCCACAUUAUUACAGGAUUUUCCUUCUCAAGGAAACAAGACGGAAGAAGAGCUUGAAAGAGAAGUAGUCGAUAUAUUACAGAAAGCUCUUAAACAUUGUGACGUGGAUACGCCAGGUUCACGACAGCCAGUAUAUCAAUUUCGUGCGGCUAUCAUUCAACAUCGUUUAGCAUCUUUAUAUCAUCACAUAUACAGAGAAUUCGAAUCGGAUUCGGAUAAUGUCAAGAGAAAAAACAGUUUACAAUUGUGUAAAUUGUAUUACGAUAAAGCGGCUAAAUUGUUAUUGGCUUUGGAACAGACGACGGAAUUUUUGAGAGUACAAAUGGAACGUGUAGCUUUGGCUGAACAUCAGGCACGAAGUGCUACAACGUUCAACGGCAAAUUGAAGGCUUAUCAAAAUGGAUUGGAGUUAUUGUUACAAUGUCGACCAAUCAUAGAUUUACUCUGUGAAAAAAAUAAAACGUCAAAGGAGAAAAUAAUUGGUAAUAAUAAUAUGGUAGAAGGUGAUACGAUUAAUACAAAUGAGGAUGGCAAAAUUAUUGAGGAACAAAAGUUUACGGAGGACGAUGAGAGUUUAAUCGUUUUGCUCGAACAAAGAUUACAAUUUAUAUUACGAUCGUUAACCAAAUUACUUGUUAAUAAGAACAACACUGCCACGAAUAAAAAGGAAUACGAAACUCUCGUCAAUUUGUAUAAGCAAUGUUACAGUCGUGCACUUAGAUCUGGAACGAUAUCUGGUAUAACGUUGAUAACUCACGUGGCACAAUUAUUAAAGGAUCUAUGUAAUAUAUUGCAACACAUAGAAUAAUAAGAAAAAAGAAAGAAAGAAAGAAAGAAAAAAAAAAAAAAAAAAGAGAAAGAACUAUGUAAAUACAUACUUUAUAGUUCGUAGAACUUAAAACUGCGCAAAGAGAUCUCGAUCCCUCUGUUAUUCCCUUUUUUUUUUUUUUUUUUUCUCUCUCCUUAUUCUCUUCAAUCUUUAACUGAUUAACUGGAACAAAUCGAUGUCAAUUAAUUUACUCCCACAUAAGUCUGUCUCUUUUGUAAAUCUUUUGAAGAUUUACAAUUUGUAUAUUACUCUACUGAACGAAAGAAAAAAAACAAAAAACAAAAAAAAAAAAAAAACAAAAAAACAAAAAAACCAAAAAAAAAGAAAAACAAAAAACAAUGAAAAGAAAAAAAAAGAAAACAGAUCGUAUCAAUGUUGAUCGUUAUAGUUAAAAACUUCGAAGGAGGAACGAGAUCCAUCAAAUGCAUUUUUGACGAUCUCCGAAUUGCCUACAGUAUAUAUAUAUGCGCGCGCGCGCGCGAGUGUGUGUGUGUGUGUGUGUGCGUGUGUGUAUGUACGCGAGUGUGUGUGCGAGUGUGUGUGCGUGUAUAUAUAUAUAUACAAGAGACGAUGAUGACAGUGAUGACAAUGACAUUCUUUUUUUUUUUCUUUUUUUUUUUUAAAUUCUGUAAAUUGUAUAUAGUCAUGAUGAUAAUACUUUUAUUUAUGUAUUAUUUAUAAGAAAGGAAUAAAUAUUAAUCGUGAAUGAUUGAAUGAAGAAA